AUAGGAGUAUUAAUUUCAACCUAACCGUUGCCACUCACCAGUCACAACCGCUACAAAAUUUUAGCUGAAUCCUAUCGUUUCCUUUUUACACACGCGGAAGCACGCCGCCGCCGCCGCCCUAACUCAUCGGAAAUCUGAAAUCACGGCGGAGCAGGUAGAGAAAUGAUGAAAAAAUUGGGAUAAAAUUUGCAGACUACAGUGAUCUGGAUAUUUAGUUCUGAAUCUCAUUUUAUGGACUAAAGCCAGAACAAACUCGAAAUGAGGAAAGAAUUCUUUGCGAAUUUACCAUUAGAAAUCACCACUGAUAUCCUCUCUAGACUCCCCCCUAGAGCUGUUGUUAGUUGCAAGUGUGUUUGCAAGUCAUGGCUGAAACUGCUCAACUCUCACGAGUUUGUGAAGUCUCAUCUUUCUAAGUCAGUCCCGGGGAUGGCUGUUUUCCGGUCUUGUGUGGAGUCUAACUCGUACGAAAUUUUUAAAUUUGAAGACAGCCUUGAUCUUGAACACCAUCAUCUCCGCUACAGUUUGGUCACCAAGUUUGCUUUCCCUUUUGCGGAAGUGAUACGAGGUUCAGCUAAUGGGUUGCUAUUCCUGACCGGUGACCAACCUUGUGAUCUUUACAUUUGCAACCCUAUAACACGGCAUUACAUCAAGCUCCGCCCAGACGCGGACUCUGUCUACUCGUUAUCUCAAAUCGUUGUUUAUGGAUUUGGAGUGUCCAGGGUGACCGGCCAACAUAAGGUGGUUAGGAUUGUCUACAACUAUGACCUAGAAAUAGAGGAUUCGCUUAGAGUUACCAAAUCUCAAUGUGAGGUAUACACUCUUGGAACGAGAACAUGGAGAAGCAUCAUACCUGGUGCCCUGUUAAUGUACGAUACAUUUGGGAUAUUUCUUAAUGGAAAUCUUCACCGGUUGGUGGUAGAUCCAAAUGCCCCAUCACAGAUUACUUGCUUUGAUCUUGAAACAGAGUUUUUCACCACCUUCUCUCAUCCCCCUCUCAUGGAGAAUGGAGGUUUUGUCGGGAACCUGUCAGUUCAGCCUAUGCUUAUGUGAUAAUUCAUCUGAAGACAAAAUUGUUAUCUGGGUGAUGAGGGAAUAUAGGGUCGAGACGUCUUGGGCAAAGGAGUACAUCAUCAACAAAGAUCCCGAUCUUUGUGGAGCUUAUGUGCUUGUUUUCCCGAUCAAAGUUGCAAUCCACGUCGACGCCGGGCAUGACGGUGUCGGAGACUGGGCAUUCAUCGUCGGAUAGGAAACUAGAACGUGUCGGGGAAGAUGGAGAUCUGAGCAAUGCAAGGAUUUACAAUACUAAUUUGAUGCGAGCAGUGAAGAAAGGGACGCCGAAAAGGCCCGGCGUUCCUAUAGAGACGUAUAUAUUAGUAUUUGCUAGAAGCCUGGCCCCGAAUACGAGAGGCAUUUUGGGAUCUUUCGGCCCGAUACCAAGCCCAAAUACCCGCUUUGCUUUGACUAAGAGGGUAGUUAAGUAAUUUAAGGUGUACUGAAAUAAGGAGUAACUUAUUAUGCUCAUCUUUGUGGAGUAAAAAUUUACUAGUUUGGCCACAUUGUAAUUACAAUUACUCUAUCUAUGUGGGUGCGUUUCAACAAUUAGUUGUUGUCUCUAAGUUGUAAUAUUGUCCCUGUUGGUAAUAGUAUUGUUUAUGUUUUUAUAGUA